GGGCCGAGACGGUGGCCCGGGCGGUCAUGUUGAGGCCCCGCCUUUCCCUUGCGGCUGCUGCUCCUCUUCCCUACGCGGCCCGAGGAUCAUCUACCCUUCGGUGCAGAUAAAAAAGCAAGUAGCAGUUGGACAGAGUAACCUUAACACCACAACUGAUCAGCGUACAGUAGAACAUUCACUGAGAAGACCACCAGAGAGGUCAUACCUGUUCCCGGAGAAGAAUGGCAUUGAAACAGAUUUCCAGCAACAAGUGCUUUGGGGGAUUGCAGAAAGUUUUUGAACAUGACAGUGUUGAACUGAAAUGCAAAAUGAAAUUUGCUAUCUAUUUACCGCCAAAGGCAGAAACUGGAAAAUGCCCUGCACUAUAUUGGCUGUCUGGUUUAACUUGCACAGAACAAAAUUUUAUAUCAAAAUCUGGUUACCAUCAAGCUGCCUCGGAACAUGGCCUUGUCGUCAUUGCUCCAGAUACCAGCCCUCGUGGCUGCAAUAUUAAAGGAGAAGAUGAGACCUGGGACUUUGGCACUGGUGCUGGAUUUUAUGUGGAUGCUACUGAAGAUCCUUGGAAAACUAACUACAGAAUGUACUCGUAUGUAACGGAGGAGCUUCCACAACUCAUAAAUACCAAUUUUCCAGUGGAUCCCAAAAGGAUGUCUAUUUUUGGCCACUCCAUGGGAGGCCAUGGAGCUCUGAUUUGUGCUUUGAAGAAUCCUGGAAAAUACAAAUCUGUGUCAGCAUUUGCUCCAAUCUGCAACCCAGUGCUCUGUCCUUGGGGCAAAAAAGCCUUUAGUGGAUAUUUGGGAACAGAUCAAAGUAAAUGGGAGGCUUAUGAUGCUACCCAUCUUGUGAAGUCCUACCCAGAUACUCAGCUGGAUAUACUGAUUGAUCAAGGAAAAGAUGACCAGUUCCUUUCAGAUGGACAGCUAUUACCUGAUAACUUCAUAGCUGCCUGUACAGAAAAGAAAAUUCCUGUUGUUUUCAGAUUACAAGAGGGUUAUGAUCAUAGCUACUACUUCAUUGCAACCUUUAUUACCGAUCACAUCAGACAUCAUGCAAAAUACCUGAAUGCUUGAAAAACUUCGGAUAAGAGAAUCUCUUCAGGAUGAUAAAAUUGUAAUAAACAGACUGGCAAGGAAAAAAAGAUUUUAAAACAUUGGAUUUUGUAGUGCUAAAAAUGCUUCAUUCUGUAGUUGAAUCACCCUCUGAAUAAAUAUAUCAUACCUGC